GGGAAUCCUUGACGGAAAUUUGGACAUGCGAAAAAGAAAAAAGAAAAAAGAAAAAAUCUGACUAAACCUGUAUGACCAGGCGGAUCCGCCUAGGAGUCUACUGCUGUAAUCUACAUCACUUCCAAGAAAACUACCAUCACUUCCCUCCGUCUCCACUCCAUUACCCUCAUCCAAGAGCUCGCCAUUUGCGCCACUACUCUCUCCCCUUUCCCGAGGAGACCGACUCCGCUCCCGAUGGUCUGUGCUGCGACGAGACAUCCCACCCUCCUACCGGAAAACCACCUGCCUCCAAUGUCAACAGGUGACAGAGCGAUGGCACCUCCAUGAACUGGAAAAUCCGCAGAUACGUCUGGAUGAAUGUAAGGACUUUAACUGGACACACUAAUAGCAUGGCUGAAAGCUUGAAGGUCACCAGCACAACUGGCGCACUGUGCAGCAGAGGUAAUGGGGGUGCUGGAUGUGAUGAUGUCCCUUUGCACCCACCUUUGUUGGUGGAUGCCUGGUUGGUGCCCCUGUUCUUUGCUCUCAUCAUGCUCCUUGGACUCCUGGGUAACUCCCUUGUCAUCUAUGUAGUCGCUAAGCAACAACAGAUGAAGACUGUCACCAAUAUUUACAUAGUGAAUCUGGCCACAACAGACAUUCUGUUCCUAGUUUGUUGUGUGCCUUUCACGGCCACUCUUUACCCUCUGCCCAGCUGGGUAUUUGGAGACUUCAUGUGUCGGUUGGUCAACUAUCUACAGCAGGUGACAGCUCAGGCAACCUGCAUCACUCUUUCUGCAAUGAGUGUGGAUCGCUUUUAUGUGACAGUGUACCCUCUCCAGUCCCUCCACCACAGGACUCCACAGUUAGCCAUGGCUGUCAGCAUCUCCAUAUGGAUAGGUUCCCUGCUGCUGUCUGUGCCAGUGGCUGUGUACCAGCGUCUAGAGCCAGGCUACUGGUUUGGCCCACAGACGUACUGCACUGAAGCCUUCCCUUCCCCAAGCCUCCAAAGGACCUUCAUCCUCUACACCUUCCUGGCGGUCUACCUGCUGCCGCUGGUCACCAUUUGUUUCUGCUAUGCCUGCAUGCUUAAACGUAUGGGCCGCCCCAGUGUGGAGCCAACGGACAACAACUACCAGGUCCAUGUGCAGUAUGAGCACUCAGAGGCGGUGCGUUCGCGGGUCUCCCGCAUGGUGGUGGUGAUGGUGUUGCUCUUCACCAUUUGUUGGGGGCCCAUCCAAGUGCUGCUGCUCCUGCAGUCUCUGCACCCGGCUGCCCCACUACGCAGCUACACCCUCUACAAGCUGAAGAUCUGGGCUCACUGCAUGUCUUACGCCAGCUCGGCCCUCAACCCGCUACUCUAUGCCUUCAUGGGGGCCAACUUCAGACGGGCUUUCAGGGGCGCCUUCCCUGCUGCGUUCAAACGCGCUCGCCGCCGGACACAGCCACUCACUGACCCCACACACGCUGAGCUGAACUUCCUUUCAUCUGGACCCUGAGACUCUCUCUCUUUCUCUCUCUAGCUCUCUCUCACUCUCUCUCACUGUCCCUCUCAUGCUCCCAUAUAAAAACAGUGAUUUUGUGA